GGUGGGAGUGGAGCAGAGAAGCGAUGAGGGAAUCAGAUUUCCUAGCAUUAAGGCUGCAGAAAGGGGAGAGGAGAGGCUGGGCUAGAUUUCCCUUCAGACCCUCUCAGACUUUAAAGGAGUUGAGAGCUCAGCUGGACUCUGCGAGUUUCUCUUAUCCACCUCUGAAAGUCUGACUUCACAUCCCUACUGAGGUUUCUCCUUUAGAAACACACUUCCACUGGCAUGUGUCGAGCGUAGAGAUGGAUCCUGAAGGUUCACGUAUCCAAGAUGAUCCAUACAUUCAGGUGAUGAUGGCCGGGUCGACUCUGAGGAAAGUCAAGUCCCGCUCCUGGAAGAAGAAUCGUUAUUUUCGCCUUCUGGAGGAUGGCUUGACGAUCUGGUACAAGUCCAGAUGGGCAGGGAGAGGCCACUCCACCUUCUCGGUGACUGACUUGGAAGCAGUGCGUGAAGGACAUCAGUCUGAGGUCCUGCUAAGCAUUGCAGAGGAGUUCCCUGCUGAACUCUGCUUCACCUUGGUGUUUCACGGCCGCCAGGGAAAUCUGGACCUCGUGGCCGAGUCCCCAGAUGAGGCCCAGGCCUGGAUCCAAGGUGUGCGCAAGCUGAUUCACAAAACUCAAACAAUGGACGAGAAGGAGAGGCUGGACCAGUGGGUCUUGGACUGGUUUCAUAAAGCUGACAAAAACAAAGACGGGAAGAUGAACUUCAAAGAAGUGAAGAAGCUGCUCAAGAUGAUGAAUGUAGAGAUGAAUGAGGACCAUGCUCUUCAUCUCUUCACGAUGGCUGAUAAGUCAGAGAGCGGCUCUUUGGAAAUCGAGCAGUUUGUCUUUUUCUAUAAGAUGCUGACGCAGAGGGAUGAAGUGUGGAAGGUGUUCCAGGACUACUCUGAAGAUGGAGAGAAGCUGAUGUUGGAGGAGCUGGAAAGCUUCCUGAGUGUGGAGCAGCACGAGGGAGAGCAGAGCACCCAGCACGCCCAGGAGCUCAUCGAAUGCUACGAGCCGUCUGAGACAGCCAAGAAGCAGGGCGCCAUGUCCUUAGACGGCUUCCAGAUGUACCUGUGCUCCCAGGAGGGCUCCAUAUUCAAACCCGAGCAUCAGGACCUUUACCAGGACAUGAGUCAACCGCUCAGCCACUACUUCAUCUCCUCUUCACACAACACCUACUUACUGGAGGACCAGCUGCGGGGACAGAGCAGUUUGGAGGCCUACAUUCAGGCUCUGAAGAGAGGCUGCCGUUGUGUAGAAGUGGAUUGCUGGGACGGCUAUGAUGAGGAUCCUGUCGUGUAUCACGGUCACACUUUGACUUCAAAAAUCCUCUUUAAGGACGUCAUUUCAACGCUUAAGGAAUACGCCUUCAGGGCGUCUGAGUUCCCUGUCAUCCUAUCGAUUGAGAAUCACUGCAGUGUGGAGCAGCAGAAGGUCAUGGCCCAGUACCUGAGACAGAUCCUGGGGGACAUGCUGCAGACCACCCUGCUGGAUGGACAGGUCCCUCAGCAGCUUCCAUCUCCACAGGAACUGAAGGGCAAGAUUUUGCUAAAAGCCAAGAAGAUCGGUGGUCUAGAAGAAUAUCUCGAUGAAACCUGUACAGAUGAAGUGAGUGAUGAGGAAGAGAUGGCCAACUGCGAUGCUGAGAUGGCUUCGACAGAAGAUUCACCUGAAAAGAAGUCUAAAGCAAAAUCCAAAAUGUCCAGGGAGCUGUCGGACCUGGUGGUUUACUGCAAGAGCGUGCACUUUGGCGGCUUUGAGCACGCCCGUUCACACGCCAAAUGCUACGAGAUCUCCUCAUUCUCUGAAUCCAAGGCCAAGAAGCUCGCUAAGGAAGCAGGGACGGACUUUGUGCAGUACAACACACGGCAGCUGAGCAGGACGUACCCCAGCGGCCUCAGGACAGACUCAUCCAAUUACAACCCGCAGGACAUGUGGAGCAUGGGCUGUCAGAUAGUGGCUUUGAAUUUCCAGACAGCCGGUCUGGAAAUGGAUCUGAACGAUGGGUUGUUCAGGCAGAAUGGCUGCUGCGGCUACGUCAUAAAGCCCGAUUUCAUGAGAGAUGGGAACACUCAGUUCAGUCCGGAUAAACCUGAGGAGCGAGAAGGGUACAAACCACUCCGCCUAUCCAUACAGGUGAUCAGCGGGCAACAACUGCCAAAGGUGAACCAGAAAGAAGGCUCUAUUGUUGACCCACUAGUGCGAGUGGAGAUCCAUGGAGUACCACAGGACCAGGCAAAGGACGAGACCAGCCACAUUAACAACAAUGGGUUUAACCCCGUGUGGAAUGAAACUCUAGAUUUCACCAUCCACACCCCUGAGCUGGCGCUGGUUCGCUUUGUGGUGGAGGACUAUGACAAAGCAUCAAGGAAUGACUUCAUUGGACAGUACACUCUGCCCUUCACGUGCAUCCAACCAGGAUAUCGUCACAUACAUCUGCUGUCUAAGGAUGGAACAGCUAUCCCGCCCUCAUCGCUCUUUGUUAACAUCAGCAUUUCUGAGCUCACAUGAAGGACAACGAGAAGCCAGAUGUGGUCACAAGGACGACAUGCAGCAGUACUUCGAUCUGCCGAAGCUAAAUGAUACUGUCACACUGAACCACAUGGAACAGAUCACCUCAGAAAUCAGCAUAAUUUGAGUUUUAAACAGUGACAACGUGGAGUGCAUCUUUUUUAACCCAAUCUAUAAUUUUUAACCAAGAAAUAAGAUUAACUAGUCCAUGCAGUACUAUUUAUUUAGGUUUUUAAGUCCAAUAUAUGCAACUUUACAUUCCAGAAAUUUAAAAAAAUAUUUUAAGUGAUGGAUGUGAAAGUAAAACAAAAGACUGCAGCAUGUAGAGAAUGUCAAAGUAUCUGUAACAGUACUGAAAGUUUAGAUGUGGGGAAAAAAGACAAAUCUCAGUAUUAAACAUCCAGAAAUAUACUCACAACUUUGCAUGAAUGACUUAUUUCUAAUUAAUGAAUGAAUGUUCUACAAGGCCAUGUUGUGUAUAAUGUAAAUAUGUCUUUGUAUGUAAUUUUCUGAGUGGUUAAAAACCUGUGCGUGAAAUUCAGUUGUUCAGAAACA